AAUUAAUUUUCGUCAUUCUAGUGAAUUAUUGUCGUACUUUUCCUCUUACGUAAUGUGAGUAUACGUGUGAAUGUUAACAUAUUGGUUUGAAUUAUAAGGAGAAAUUAUUACCCAUGGAUAACCGUGGAUACCCGAAACCCGAACGGGCAUGGGCAUGGUUUUGAUUUUCUACCCGUUUCUCGUGUGGGUAUGGGUAUGGGUAAAACCCGAACUACAUUGGGUAGGGUAACGGAUAUGCACUAUCCGCCCCCGACCCGACCCAUUGCCAUCCCUAUUAAGAUUCUUCUUAACGAAUGGGUCUUAAGGACUUGAUCUAACCCGAAACAAGGAUAAGUCUAGAUGGUGAAUCAGUGCACUUCCUAUUAUAAAGUUGUGUGUUCGAUUCCUAGCAACGAUGUUUCCCCCUUACUCCUCUAGCAACACCAUCUUUUGUAACAGGUUGAAUUAAAAAAAGUGACCUAUUAGAUUAGCGGCAAUGGGUCGAGGCGGGUACCUCAAUACCCAUGCCCCGCUCCAUGCUACUACGGGUCGAGGCGGGUAAUAUCCGCGCGGGUACGUGGCGGGACGGGUCGAUCCACUCUUACCUGCUAUUUGAAAAAAUACACGAUUAUUUUUUACCUUUUAGUAUAAAACGAAGGAGAAAAUGCUUCAUGAAUGAAUAGUAGUAAUAUUAUAAUGGGCAAUUGAGUCUACUUAGUUGAAAAAUCAAGUCUAAUUAGUUGAAGAAAAACCAAAAUAGGAGAUAUAUGAAUGAAUAACAGAAAUUGAUCUAGAACGGGUUAAGAACGGGGCGGGACAGAGCGAAUCGGAAGUUGAUACUCAUGCCCCGUCCCAAACUGCGGGUCGGAUAAAACCCGCCCAUUACAAAUCAGAUCGGGUAAUACCGGACACAGCGAGUUCAAAUUGCCAUCCUAACAUCAGGUAAAAGAAGUUACGCGGAUAGGGGAAGAAGGGUGAUCAUUGAUUGAAGCAGGCCGGCCCGGUUAAUCUACAAUAGAUCCUGUUAGAUAGAUGUAAAAAUGGGCCCAAACGCUGAGGCCCGGCUAUGAUUUAUAUUACCCCGACCGGUUGUUUAAUUUUCUUUCCGUCGGUUGCCAAUUCGCAGAAAAGAAAAACCCCAGCUUGCUUUCCUCGUCGUCGAUCCAACCAAAUGUCUUCUUCCGAAUCCGACUCCGGCUCCGGCUCCGGCUCAGAGGUUGAAAUGCGCCCUCCUUCACCUCGUCCUCGCGAGAACAAGAACUACUACAACCUCACCUGCGAACGCUGCCGUGAACUGGAGCGUAUCGAGCCGGUCAUCGAGGACGGCGACGAGGAGAGGUAUUUAUUUCCACGCGAACGCAUCGGCGAGGGAGAGUUCGGUGACAAUGAAGGCAUAAAGCAAAGGGUCAUCAUGUAUCGGAAGUCGUUGGCGAAAUCCGGCGGGUUUGAUGCUGACUGCCCUCCGUAUUAUCUGACCCACAACCCAUUUAUCUACUCCAGGCAGCAUUAUGAUGAUUGGGAUAUUUUCAAUAUGAAAGUUGACAAGGCUGUUGAACAUGUGAUCGAUACAUAUAACAGGGAGAAGGGCAAGAGUUUGAAGUACGGGAAAACCUUGAACGUAACUGCAUCCCAGUGUAUGUCGUUGUUUUCCCUCUAUAUAACUUUUGAGUGCUCCAAUCCGCCUGAAGAUCCUUCUUUUGAGAAGUACCAAGCUGUGGUUUCCUGUGAUAUGAGUGACAAUAUUGAUGAUGAUAAGAAGAAGAUUCUCUUCUUCAGGAAGGAAUCAACUGGGAUGGAUUUGCUAGAUCCUCACGAGCCAACGGCUCGUUGCAUAGAAAUUUGGAAAGCAAAAGCUAGAGUUGGAGAUCGAGGUGGGAAAAGAAAGUUCGAAGGUGACGAAGGAGUGGAGGGUUGAGUGAUGAUGAGAAUGUGGUCAUGUUUCAAUACUUCAUCCAUUUAUAUAUCUUAAAUCUAUAGAACAAGGAAUGCAAACCAACGAACCCGGAGAUCACGAAAAUAGGGAAUCGAAUCUCUCGUAUUGAUAAGGAAGCGGAUCAUUUAUGUGGGCAAAUCGUCUGCUGUAAAAAGAAAGCGGUAUUGACUAUUUGAUUAUUUUAUAUGUCACUUCGAAGCAGUAAACACAUCUCUCUAGUUUUUCGGCUCUCGGCUCCGCCUUAGGUUCUUUAUCCCAAGGUUGAAUAUAUGACAUUCCCCCUCUCUCUGUUGGUCAAGCACUCAUUUUUUCCCCACUUUCAUUAUCAAUGUCUUAUAAAAACUUACAGCUAAUAUUGAUACAAGGAAAAAUUAACAUUAUAUCGAGAAUCUAUUAUAUGAUUGUCCGGGAUGAUGUAGAUUUCUGUGAACCUCAUACGAGUAGAUUUUGGUAUGUCACAUACUCAUUGCAUCCCCACCUAUUUUUUAUCACAAGGAAAGUUAGGAUCUUAAACUCUGUGAUCCAAAAAUGAUACACGGAAAAUUCAAACCACCUAAACCAUUACCGUCCUUAGUAUCAUCAAGUAAGUAUCAACCCACCUAAACCAUUACCUGCAAACACGGAUCACUCUAUAGUGAGAUCACUGAGAUGGAACGGUAAAAGAUUAUAUUUUAUUAUUUUUUAAUUGCCACGUCUUCCCCUUCCGACGUCGACUAUGACACCGACACCGGAUCCAGCUCCAGCUCCGGCUCGGAGGUUGAGAUGCGCCUUCCUUCAAUUAUUUAUGGCGGUCCAUACUACAACAUCUACUGCGAACGCUGCCGUGAACUAGAAGGUAUUGAGCCGGUCAUGGAGGACGGCGACGAGGAGAGGUAUUUAUUUGAAUGCGAACACGCCGGGGAGGGAGAGUUCGGCGACGAUGAAGGCAUGCAUAAAGAAACGGGUCAUCAUGUAUAGGAAGUCAUUGGCGACAACCGGCGUAAGUUAGCUUAUGGAUCAAGCAAGCUCAUACCUGACGGGUCGGUGCUAUCUUCAAUUGAACCCUAAUUUCAAACCGUUAGUUAGUUAGUUAGUUAGUUAGUUAAUCUUGUGCUCUCUUGCUUGCUUGUCUGCAGGGGUUUGAUGCCGACUGCUCUCCAUAUUAUCCAACCCAACCCACAAUGAAUAUCUCCACCCCAGGCAGCGCGUCGAUGAUUCGGAUCUUUUCAAUAAGAAACUCGACAAGUGUGUUGAGCAUGCGAUCCAUACAUGCAUAUAUAUAAUACACAGAAGGUGAGAGAUUUUUUCUGUUCUGUUCUGUUCUGUUCUGUUCAUUGUGAUGACUUAAUUAAUUAAGGACUCCGUG